GCUCAAUGCAUUGUUCCUUCUCGCAUCCCGCUCUGCAAUAAGCUGCUGCUAGAGAUGGCGCAUUGGCUUUCCAUUUUAAUUACAGGUGUCCGCUUCGAUCAGGCGCAACCGUAGCGCUGCCAUUUGCGCAUAGAAAGACUGCGAGGAACAUCAUCUGUCACCCAGAAUCGCAAUGUCUCUCCUUGUCACACGUGGGAGCCCUACAUUGAACCGCUUCCUGUUUGGGCAGAGAUCGGUUGCUGAUUGGCUGACUUGCGUCUGCCCCCGCCCUGUGCUCCUCUCUGGUUGGUCAUUACCCCGUGCGUUUUCGAGCUCUCCGGUGACUCAGUCUUCCGGUUCCGGGAUGGAGGGGAAGAGACCACAAUUUGGCAACAGGCACCUGGAUGAUCCCAGUCGGGUUUUUCAGCACAAUGCUUGGGAUAAUGUGCAGUGGUCAGAAGAACAGGAAUCUGCAGCUCACAAGAAAGUGCAAGAGAACAGUGUCCAGCCGGUGCCACCGGAAAAACAAGAGGAGUACGAGAAUAAAGCCAGCAGCUUCUGGGAUGAUUUCUACACUAUCCAUGAAAACCGCUUCUUCAAGGACAGGCACUGGCUUUUUACAGAAUUCCCUGAAUUAUCCUCCCGCUCCAGUACGGAAAGCCAGGAAGGACAUGCCGUGCAGAUGAAUGGUUUUCAGGAAGAAACCGAGCCGGGGGAUGUGGAGGAUACUUUCCCAGGGGCCUCAGCUACAUACCGCAUCAUGGAGGUGGGAUGUGGCGUGGGGAACACGGUUUUCCCCAUAUUGCAGAAUAAUACAGACCCGGGCCUCUUUGUGUAUUGCUGUGAUUUCUCUAGUACAGCGGUGGAACUAGUGAAGAGUAACGAACUUUACAACCCUUCCCGCUGCUUUGCCUUUGUCCAUGACGUCUCGGAUGAGCAGUGUUCCUUCCCCGUGCCUGAGCACAGCUUGGAUGUCAUUGUCCUGAUAUUUGUCCUCUCUGCCAUCAACCCUGCUAAGAUGCAGAACGUCAUCUCUCGCCUCGGUUCUCUGCUGAAACCAGGAGGGUGCCUCCUUCUUCGGGAUUACGGGCGUUACGACAUGGCGCAGUUACGCUUCAAGAAAGGGCGCUGCCUGGCUGAGAAUUUUUAUGUUCGAGGAGAUGGGACCCGGGUCUAUUUCUUUACACAAGAUGACCUUGACUCCCUGUUCGUCGGUGCUGGGCUACAGAAGGUGCAGAAUUCAGUGGACCGACGGCUGCAGGUGAAUCGGGGGAAGCAGCUGACCAUGUACCGGGUGUGGAUCCAAUGCAAAUAUGUGAAGCCACACAAGACAGAGCUGCAGAAUGGCGACUGUUCUUCCGAAUAAAAUGGCUGCACAGAUGCCACAACCCGUUAUCCAACUCUGUGAUCAUGUGCGGGACGACAAAAUAAACUUUAAUUAUGGAGAAUUGUGCAGCUUUGUGCCAAGCAGACUGGCAUCCUAUAGAGCCAUACACUAUGCACAAAGUCUUUUUAAUUAUUCCUUGUCUUUUAACCUCUGCCUGGGCCCCAACUGUGGGCAUUUUGGGUAAACCUGAAUGUGCUCCCUGUCAUGUCUGACCUGGCACCUUUUUACAGACCCGCUUGUUUAUUAAAGGAAAAAGAUUUUAAUAAAGACUUUACAUGAUA